AUGCCUGUAAAGGUCCUAGAACGCAUUUCGCCUUGGUUGGAGGCAUUACCUACUGGGAAGGAUACCAACAAUCGAUUCAAGAUCUGGCGUGCGUUCGACGACACAUUCCAAGCUGCUGUCGAUACUUUGGUGCUUGCAUUAGACGAGGGCGACAACACCAGCCGCCUUGAUGCCUUUCUAGAAGCAUGGGAGCAUGCCAACACAGUAAAAGGCGGCACAGGCGUGGGCGUGUGGCCCAAGAGACCCUCGCGGGGGUAUGGAAGAGCAAGAACAAGGCAGGCAAAGGCAAGGCAGGCAAGAAGAAGCCAUAAGAAUAAGCAAUACCGCGGAUCUUACUUAUGCUUAGAAGUAUUUCCUGAGUACCUUGAUAAACAAGCGCAGGGCGAAGAAAUCUCAAAAGAGCAAAGGACCUGCGGCGUUGCCGCGCUGGUCAAUCUCAGAAAGAAGGCGAAGAUAGCUCAUGAGGGCGGCGAGGCAUCUACACCGUUGGAGGAUAAGCAGUCGGCUCGGGACGAAGACGAGGUGAUGGCGGAUACACUUGCCGAGGUCGAGGGAGACGAGGAGAUGGCGGACGAGCAGCCAGGCUUCUCGCUUGUGGUUGCUCCUAAAGGUCUCCUGUACCAGUGGAAGGAGACGAUUGAGGGGAUACGGGAAGAGGGCCACGAGAUGCGCGCCUUCAUAUUGGAUGAUUCCAGCCUGACAGCACACAGCGGAUUACGUCUUAUGCAUUCUGAGAUUACUUGGUGCCAUGCGUUCUGUAUGUCAAGACUACCGUUCCGUCGAUGCUAUAACUGCGGUGGCUAUGACCACCUACGUGCGGACUGCCCCUCCCCCCAGCGGCACUAUUCCCGACCCUCCCAGCCCCGCUCCUCCGAGGGUUCCCAGGCCUAUACGGCCUACAAUACAGAAGCUCUCGGCCGGGCCUUCGGGUCUUUCCUGAACACCUGA